ACAAACGUUGAACGGCAUCUCCAGUCAACCCGUUUCAUUAGUGAGCGUUUUCAUUUUAAAACGCUGUGUUUAUUUUUACUGCUAAGGGAUAGCUAACGUCUUAAAACAGACACCGUUAAAGUGAAAUAUGCCUCGGAGAAAGAGGAAUGCUGGAAGCAGCUCCGACGGCACUGAAGAUUCAGACUUCUCUGCUGACCAUGAGCACACAGAUAGAAUCGAGACCUAUGGGAGAACACGGAGGAACACGCGCCUCACCCGGGCAUCGCUGCGACUCAGCCAAAGUUCACAAGAUUCCAGCCCUGCCCAGAUCAGCCCAGCAGAGGUGGUGACCUUCUCUGCCCGACGAGUGACCCGUAGCCGUAGUGUGCAGCAAGGGCCGCCGGUCACCCCCAAGAAAUACCCUCUGCGCCAGAGUCGCUCUUCGGGGUCGGACACGGAGCAGCAUGUGGAGGACCUGAAGCGAGCAGCAGACCAGGACGAGUCUCCGCCCCGCACCCCAACAGGGAAUGCCCUCUCAUCGGAGUCGGACAUUGACGUGUCCAGCCCUAACGCCUCUCAUGACGAGAGCCUGGCCAAGGAGCUGUCACUCAAAGACUCUGGCAGCGACCUCUCCCACAGGCCCAAGCGCCGCCGCUUCCACGAGAGCUACAACUUCAACAUGAAGUGCCCCACACCAGGCUGCAACUCCCUGGGCCAUUUGACAGGGAAACAUGAGAGGCACUUCUCAAUAUCUGGCUGCCCUCUCUUCCACAACCUCUCUGUAGAUGAAUGCAAGACGAGGGCCUCCUCUCGUGACAAACAGGUGGAGGAGCGGACGUUGUCCCACCGGCAGGAUGAGAACAGACACGCUACCCGUCACCAGGAUCACCGGCAGUCCCACGGCAACAACCGAGAGCCCCUCCUGGAGAACAUCACAAGUGAUUACGACCUGGAGCUCUUUCGAAAAGCCCAGGCACGUGCUUCGGAGGAUCUUGAGAAGCUGCAGGGCCAGGUGGCGGAGGGCAGCAACAUGAUCAAGACCAUUGUGUUUGGCCGCUACGAGCUGGACACCUGGUACCACUCGCCCUACCCCGAGGAGUACGCCCGCCUGGGACGCCUCUACAUGUGUGAGUUCUGCCUCAAGUACAUGAAGAGCCUGACCAUCCUGCGCCGGCACAUGGCCAAGUGUGUCUGGAAACACCCACCAGGGGAUGAGAUCUAUCGAAAGGGAAACAUCUCCGUCUUUGAGGUGGACGGUAAAAAGAACAAGAUCUACUGCCAAAACCUGUGCCUUCUGGCUAAGCUCUUCCUGGACCACAAGACCCUAUACUACGACGUGGAGCCCUUCCUCUUCUACGUCAUGACAGAGGCUGACAACACCGGCUGCCAUCUUGUGGGCUACUUCUCAAAGGAGAAGAACUCGUUCCUGAACUACAAUGUCUCCUGUAUCCUCACCAUGCCACAGUACAUGAGGCAGGGCUACGGAAAGAUGCUGAUUGACUUCAGUUACCUACUGUCUAAGGUGGAGGAGAAGGUGGGCUCUCCAGAACGGCCCCUCUCAGACCUGGGCCUAAUCAGCUACAGGUCCUACUGGAAGGAGGUGCUGCUGCGCUACCUCAACCAGUUCCAGGGGAAGGAGAUCUCCAUCAAGGAGAUCAGCCAGGAGACAGCCGUCAACCCAGUGGACAUCGUCAGCACCCUGCAGUCCCUCCAGAUGCUCAAGUACUGGAAAGGGAAGCACCUGGUCUUGAAGAGACAGGACCUAAUCGAUGACUGGAAAGCCAAGGAGACCAAGCGUGGCAGCAGCAAGACUAUUGAACCCACCGCCUUAAAGUGGACCCCACCUAAAGGAACAUAGGACACCCCUUCCCCCUACACCAUACCACGCCAACUCUCCAACCCACGGACCUGCGUUCAAAGCUCACUAUCAGAAUAGUUUACUUCAAACAACUUUUUGAUCAGUACACUGUGUUAGUGCAGAAUUAUUGAUCAUUAUUAUUGAGAGUCCUAACCAGGCUUAAGUAGUAGAUCAUAAUAUCAAGAAGAAUACUGAUGGUGGGUUGCUUGAAUCCAGACCCUAGCUUUCCUCACACAACUUCUCAGUAGAAGCGUAUUAACCUAGUGAGCCAGUCAGUUAGUACGUAUGGGAAUAUAGCUGUCUUUCUGGGAGGGGUUGAGGUAACACAACAAUGUAUCCAUGUGUCUUGAUUGUCUUUAGUGUUUCUGUUUGGUUUGAGCUUUAUUUAACUUUUUAUUUAACUUUUUAUUUUUUUGAAUUUUUUUAAACUUGUGUUUGGUUUUACCACUGUUUUAAACUGUUUAAACUUGUGUUUGGUUUUACCACUGUUUUAAGCUGUUUUGGCGAAUGUCCUUUUUUAAGCUAUUUUAAAUUUGGCUCCCUGAAAAAUGGCCAAUUCCCUUUCUUCCCCUUCUCUCCACAGUGUGCACUCUUUCAAGUAUUUAAAAGCAUCGGACUGGUGAAAACGUUGGCUGGAGGAAGUUCCUUACCCCAAUCCAUUCCUUUUAAAUCCACGAGGAAGAGUGCACAAGUAAACACUUUGGGAGAGAAGGAGGAGGAAAAUAACUGGAAUUCUCAGUCAGGCUCUGUCUGAGGCCGAAGUACGAAUUUGAUGUCAAGUUCAAGUCAUGCUGUCAAUAUAUUUAAAUGAUAGAGAGAAGAUUUUAUAGUACAGGUUUGGCAAGACAAAGUAUAUUUGAAGAAAGUUUUUAAAAUGUGCAGGACUGGUUUCCUAGCCGUACUGAGAACUAGAUUUGAACGUGUCAUUAGAAGAGAUUUUCUCUGACAUGUUGCAGAGGAACAAGCAAAUGCAUGUAGUACACAGCAAAAGAGACCAUUAGUUUUGCGUUGUGGUCAACCCAUUUUAUGUCUAUGUGUAUAAGGAUAAAAUAAUGGAUGUUUUUCACCAACAUUUUGAAUUGCUGCAAAUGUUACUGACUGCUAGACUGAUUGUGCAUAUACUUUGGAUGAAACCAGAAAUUACCUCCAUCUGCUGUGUGUAUAUAUAAAGAUUCUGAGUUCCACAGCAACCUAUGGCCCUCAUCUCAAGAAUUUAUAGCCACAAUAGGGCAAUAAAUAUAUAAAGUGCACAUCUUUAUAGUUGCAGAAGAAAUGGCCUUUACUGACCAUAUGUCAAAAGUUAACUCUUACUAACAUCGUAAAGGAUUGACAAACUUCACUGUCAUUCUGAAAUAGUGUUAAUCCUUGUUUAGAGUUUUUAUUCAGUUGUGUUUCUGGGUUCUUUCUUGUGUGUUUUUAAAAAAAUAAGCUAUUUGAUCCGUGUAUAUGUUUGUCAUAGGGGAGAAACAAAACAAGCUCAGAAUCUGAGAGGAGGUAUUUCUUCAAGGCUGCCAAAUAUACUGUAUAUUUCACGUCCAUAUUUCAAAAUGUAUUUCAAUGGAUCCAACUAAGAAAGUAAUACUCCAAUAAUAUGGCGUUAUGAUUAUUUUCAGAAUUGAAGCACUCGUGUUGGAUGUCCAAUGUAAAAUGCAUGUUAAAAUAGUUUUGGGCCAGUCAGGCUUUAUUCAUUCCUUCUGCUUUUGAAUGUUAAGUAACAGGCCUUGAAAUAUACCUGCCCAUCAGAUUGUUUACUUCCUUAUUUUGACUCUCUGAAACUAGAUUGUACACUGUCCACUAUAUUUUGGGGUAUGAUUUUGAUUUAGUUGCAAAGUUCAUGGUUCUUCAAAGAGUCUGUAUAAUAUCUGCAUCUUUGGCAUGAAUCGAUGCUAACUUGGCCUAACAUCACACAAAGUAGGUAUUAUAGCAGGUCAACUUGCAGCUCAUUUCACUGUAUAUUUUAUUGGAACCUGAGAAAACACUGCUACAACAGGUCAACUGUUAAUUUCCCCAAAACAAUUCUCCUUUACCUCUGCCUUUCAUAUUUUGCCACCCAACAUGUUGCUGUGGUCUGUGUUGUCUUGAUGCUUCCUCCUGUGCCAGUCAUGGCAUCUAUAGAAAGCAACUCCAGAACAGCUGGGUUUACCUGAAACCAGUGUGUGUGGUCAUAAUGUUCACCUUCAUUCAAGAAUUUGUUCUUCAGUAAGCUAUCAAAAGAGCAGUAGACCACUGUAGAUACACAGUAGUACCUCUGUACAGCAUUAAUAUGUAGAUACGUUGUGUGCACCUGCUUUUGUACUUGCUUCCUCUCCAAUAAAUCUAAACUCAAA